ACCGAUCAGCCUGAGCCUGCUUUUUAUUUUUGAAUCAAUACUUCUCGCUACCAAUAUUGACUUUCAUAUUCAUUUUUUCGUUGCCCUUUUCUGUAGCUUCUCGGUAGCGCUUACUGUAUUUGACUCUUAUCGAGAGUCUUGAAGCUCUCCUUCCCCAUGGAUCAUGACGACUUUGAUAGCGUCUCGUGGCGCCAUGGCCCAGACAGCGAUAUUUCUCGACCUACAACAUCUGGAACAGAUACCGCAGAAUCACCUGAAACUCGUCGCGACCCCAAUGGCAAGCGGAGGAUGAGCUCGGCGAGUGAGAUUCCCCAGGCGGGACCACAUGCCGACGCCUUGGAUCUCGCAGGCAUCGGAGAUGGAGUUUUAGAAUGUCGGGUAGACACUCCAAUAAAGGAGAAUGAUGGUACAAAGGAUGCCUACAUAUCGUACCUGGUUACGACGCAUACCGAUUUCAAAUCCUUUCAGAAGGCUGACUUCACCGUGCGGAGGCGAUUCACCGACUUUGUUUUCCUCUAUAAGACACUAUACCGAGAAUACCCUGCCUGCGCGGUGCCGCCGCUGCCGGAUAAACAUAAGAUGGAAUAUGUGCGGGGGGACCGGUUUGGAGCAGAGUUCACCACGCGGAGGGCAUGGUCUUUGCAUCGGUUCUUGAAACGCUUAACGCUGCAUCCGGUUCUGCGCAGAGCACCCUUGCUAGCUAUUUUCUUGGAAUCGCCUGACUGGAAUGCGCACAUGAGGUUGCGUGGGUCGCGGGCUUCAACAAGUGGAUCGGAUGGCGGUGGAACGGGGAUUUUCGAUAACUUCACUGACACAUUCGUCAAUGCAUUCACAAAGGUCCAUAAACCAGAUCGCCGGUUUAUUGAGGUGCGGGAGAAGGCGGACAAACUGGAUGAGGAUCUGACUCAUGUCGAGAAGAUUGUGGCCCGAGUUGCGCGGCGGGAGGCUGACUUAGAGACGGACUACAAUGAUCUGGCGACGCAGUUUCGUAAGCUUGUCCCACUGGAGCCAGAAGUCGAAGUGCCGCUCCAGGUCUUUGCUGCCUCUGUUGAAGAAACCGCGCGGGGAAUCAAAAACCUCAAGGAUCACACGGAUCAGAACUACCUGGGCUCGCUUCGCGACAUGGAAGCCUACAUAUUGUCCGUCAAGUCACUUCUAAAGACCCGCGAGCAAAAGCAGCUCGACUUUGAAGCGCUGGUCGACUACCGCAACAAAGCGGUGGCGGAGCGGGACUCCCUCGCCGCGAAUCCAUCCUCAUACUAUGCCUCCAACCCGCUGACUUCAUCCCCGGCAUCUUUCAUCCGAUCGAAGAUGGAAGACAUGCGCGGAGUGGACCACGAGCAGUCGCGCCGGGAGCGCAUGCGUAAACUCGAGCUACGGAUCGACGAGCUCACACGAGAAGUCGAAUCAGCAAAGACCACUUCGGAGAUGUUUGACGAAGAGGUCGUCCGGGAAGUGGCUGACUUUGAAAGAAUCAAAGCAAUCGAAUUCCGAGACUCCUUGGGCGCGCUCGCAGAACAACACAUUGAGUUUUAUCAGGGUGUACUAAAUACUUGGGAACGAUUUGUGGCUGAGAUGGAGGAGGAACAGAGUACGGGGGACGCUCACCCAAACGCAUAA